GAUAAGACACUUAUCGAUUUCCCUGUUUAUUUACAUUUUGUUGUGUUAUUCAUUUGUAUUAUGAUUUUGGAGAAACUUGCCAUUGAUCAGCGAAUGCAAACGCAAAAUCUUGUACAUAUGCUACAAAACAGAGAGUCGGGAUACACUCGGCACAACAAGUUAAGUCAAAGUGCUCCUCUGUCAUAUGAACGACAGUUCUACAAGGCCAUAACUCCGUGUCUCACCAUUGGCAUAUCAAUACCGCCAGUUUACUUGCGGAAAUUUACGCCGGACGGAAGCAAAUUGCUGGCCUUCUCCCACGAUCAGCGUUCCUGCAUAGUCUACACCUACAAAGGAGUCGGAUCGGAGCGCUUUGGACAACUGCUGAAUGAAGCAAACGUUGGCAGCGGUGAAACUUACAAUGUCAAUAUCAACAAUCAGCUAAGGUCGACAGCAUUUGACAAACUUUUUGAAACUAAAUACGUGCUGCGCCUGUGUAAUGGCGACACAGCUCGAUAUUAUCUCCAUCGAGAGUUCAGUAUUUUCCACGAGGAUGGACGAUAUGUGUUGCUUGCUGGAAUGUGCAUUCUCAAUGGUUGCAACAUACCUAUAUCGGAUUAUGAACGGUACCCGGAUCUAUUCGACAAGCUCGAUAUGUUCUCGUACAUAUUCUUUGUGGUCGACCUGCAGCAUGGAAUUGUUACCGAUGAAGUCCAACUACCUCAAGAUUCCAUCUGCCUGUCGCACAAUCACGGAAUUUCCAUGCAUAGCCACACCAUAGCAAUAUUGUCGAGACUGCGCCAGGCAAUUUACAUUUACGAGCUGGUUGAUGGUCGACUGAUCAAACACGAACACGAAAUCGGUCCUCGGCCACGAGAAUGUGCGUUCCAAGCAGUCGAGCAUCCAUCGAUGUUAGAUGUUAACACUCUGCUGCCCAUUAGCCACAUCAAGCAACGAGUAUUGAGCUUUCUAUACCGUCAGAUACAGCAGGAUGAUCCCCAGACUGGCCAGAAGUAUAUAGAAUUUUACAAGAACUUCGAUUUUAUCGAAAACAUGAUCAUUGAAAAAAUGCAGCUAGUUGACAGCGAUUUGAUUCUCUUACGCUACGAAGAGCGACCUAAAGACAGCGAUGUGGCUCCCAUGCUGACAACAGGAGAGCCACAGCCUCCUCGACGACUUUAUGUAUUCUAUUGUAUGACCAGCGAGGAUGUGUCUGGCGUCUAUCAGGAUGACUCUCUGGAACUGCUUCAAAUAGUAGUGCAAUUCUAUAACAAAAUGUGUAACGUGCGAUCCCUGCAAACUGGCGAUGUACCUUCAUUGCCCACACAUUAUUUUAUGCGUCAGAAUUAUGUGAAUCCCAACAAAACGAUACCAUUUAUGCGUCAAGCCGCUCUGCGCUUCAAUCCCAGUGUACCGGUCAGCACACAGAGUUUUUCCACAUCACCAUAUCUUAAUUAUAAUGUAUUUAACUAUGACGAUCGCCUAGUUUCACCACUAGAACGGCCGAAGCCCUGCUCCACGGAGCCCAUAAUAUUCAGAGAUCGUGUCAGCAACUUAAUCAAAUAUCGUCUAAAUACUAAAGCUCGUCGUCCACAUAAUGCCUUGGCUCCGCGCGAGCUUUGCGCCUUCAUUUGCCAUCCAUUUGAGCCACUUAUUAUUAGCAUACAGAAGUGUAUGCAUGUCUAUGAUUACAAAUUGCAUAUUUACAACCAUGGUACUACUGUGGAGCAGUUCUACAAUUGAAGGGAAAUGUGAUAUUUUAUUUGUUGCAUCUAUUUACCUAUAAUGCUACAUAGUAGUUACAAAGCAAUGUCAAACAUUAGACCACUUUUCAAACAGACAUAAAAUUUAAACGAAAUGUUUUAAACAUGAAACCUAACAAUAAAGUUUAAACAGUCCGAGUAAUACGAUACCUACAUUUAAACAAAUACUUAAUGUAAACACAGUGAUUUUUU